UUCAGUUACAGCUUAGAGACAGCUCUAUCCCCCUCAAAAGGGCCAAAACCCCCCAUUCACUCGCACAGACCCACCAGAAGCGAGCGAGAGAGGGAGAGAGAAAAACCAUGUCUGGAUCUUCAUCUCUACCUUUUUCUUCUUCACAAUCCACGUCCGCAUUCUCCUUCUCUUACCCGCCCCCCACCAGUUUACCAUUUGGAUCCUCCGCCUCCCCAUUCGAAUCCGCCACCACCACCUCUUCUUGCCCAUUUGGAUUCGGAUCCUCCACUUCCACUUCCACUUCCACUUCCACUUCCACUUCCUCUUCCUCUUCUUCUUCAGCUCCUUCCUUCUGGUUCCCCUCCCAUUCCGCUUCUAGCUCCGCUCCUUCGUUCUUAACAGUAGGGUCUUUGUCCUCUGCAACUUCCGCUCCGUCCCCGUUUGGGACAAUCACAUCCGCGGCGACCUCAGCUUCGUCCCCAUUCGGUUCAGCUACUUCUGGUUUUUCCUUGUUCGGUACCGCAUCAUCUACUAGUACUUCGGCCUCGGCCGCGGCAGGUUCCGGUUCAUCCUUGUUCGGAGCGUCUCUAUCGGCGUCAAGUACCAGUUCGCCCUUGUUCGGAACGACGUCAUCCUUCGCUCCGAAGUCUGCUUCCCUCCUGUUCGGAACGACACUGUCCUCCACGGCACCAACCUCUGGUUCACCUCUGUUCGGAACGACGCCGUCCUCUGCCGCGCCAACUUCUGGUUCACCUCUGUUCGGAAUGACGUCGUCCGUUGCGGCGCCAACUUCUAGUUCACCUCUGUUCGGAAUGACGCCGUCCUCCGUGGCACCAACCUCUGGUUCGUCUCUAUUCGGAACGACGUCGUCCUCCGCGGCACCAACAUCUGGUUCGUCUCUAUUCGGAACCCUGUUUGGAACAACAGCCUCAUCAGCGAGUACAGGUUCAUCCCUAUUCGGAACGUCAUCAUCCGCUUCUCCAUUUUCAACUUCGGUUACCCUCUUUGCCUCUUCUUCUUCUGCACCGUCUUCAGCUUCAACCACUCGUGCAUCCACAUUCAGUUGGAGCUCAGAUUCAAACUCGACCACUGUCGCGCCUGCGUUAGGCGACGGAGGCGACGAGGUUGAGCAGGUGGGACUUGAGGUAGUAAAGAAGCCCAUGUCUCCAAAUUCCGUAGAGGAGACUAUGAAUGAUUCUGCUGUUGCAGCUUCUAAGGCUUUGAGUGAAGUAGAUGAUGAAAGUGUUCAGACCUCCCCUUUAUCAUCUCUAUGUGUAGAAGUAGACAGGCAUGUCCCUUCUCCUCGGAAUGUCCCAAUAAUCAAACGUAUUUUGCAGAAACAUGGGGACAUCACAAUGGGGAGCAUAUUGAGGAGUUUGGAUGCCAAAUUGGCUUUCCUAGACUUGAUUGGUGAUGUAGUGAAUCGACUUUGCAACCUUACCUUGGAGACCCUUAGUUCACAUGAAGUUCAACUCAUGGAUGAAAAAGUAUUCGAUGCACUUGCUGUUGGGUUCAGCGUGGAGUGGUUACAGCAAAGGCUGGAUGAAAUCAAGGCAGCUAAGUACCAUGCAUGUUCUAAAGAGUUGGAUGAGUUGGACAAACAAAUAGAGGCUACAAAAACAUCUUUGUUGGAGAUGGAGCUGCGACGGGAGGAUUUGGCAAGGGAUUUUGCGGCCAUUAAAGCUGAAAUUAAAGGAAAGGGUCUUUUGGGUUGUGACCUUAGUGAAGGGUUGCUGUGAUAUUAGUUUCUUCUAGUAUGGGAUGUGGGGUGUGAUGCUUGAAUGGAAUAUAAAAAUGGACUUUGAACAUAGUUUCCUCCUCUGUUUUUUGGUUGUGGCUAAAAACCCAUGAGGCUAGCUAGUAGUAAACAGCACUAGAUGGCCUUCUUCUUUC